AUGAGCGACCACAGUAACGGCGACCUAGCCAAGGCCACCAAACUCAAAGGCUUUGACAGCUUUGCGAGGUGGCACAAGGAUCUCCAGGCCAUCGCCUACGAAAAGGGCUUUCACGCCGCGCUCAACGGCAAUGAGAAGGACCCUUACCGCAACCCCAAUGCGCCGCGCGACAGCCUCGAGCACGCCGGCACCUCCUUACCAGAGGGCUCAGCCUUCAUCACUCGCCCUGCUCUAGAGGCACGCCGAGGACAAGAGGUCACUGGCGUAGACAUGACAGCCAUCUCCGUCAUCCUAGCCACCACCAUGUCCCUCCUCCACGGCGACUCUGUCAAGCCAGAACCCGAUGAGGAAGCCCUUAGCAAGGACGAACGCGACGAGUGGUUCAAGUGGCAAAAGCGCGAGCUCGGCGCACGUGGCGCACUCCUACGCACCGUCGAGCCCCACAUCAUCUCGGACUACGAGCAUCUGUGGUACGCCGCAGACAUCUUCAAGGCCCUCAAACAGCGCUACCUUUCGGACACCAAGCAGCAGGUGAUCCGCAUCCGCUCAGCCAUGGCCACCCUCUUUGUCAAGACCGACGCAAACCUUGAGCAAAAGAAAGCCUACAUGACGACCUUUCGCAAGAAGCUCACCGAGCUCGCCGACCUGGGCUCUCCUCUCACAGAGGAUGAACGCGCCCAGAUGUUCUACAACGGCAUGCCACACGAGCUAGAGGCAACCAUCCGCCGCAUGGCCACAGACGACAAAUGGGAGACCAUCUCGCGCGUCUACGACAGGUACAUCGACUCUGUUAAACGCGAUUUGGAGCGCGAAGGCAAGCACGUCGCAGCCAGCGCAAACAAGAAGGACGACAAGGCCGACGAGGCCAGUACCUCCACUGGCCGUGGCCGCGGCCGCGGACGCGGGCGCGGGCGUGGACGUGGCGGUGCCACCACUGGGCGCACCACGGACACCGACACCGGCACCUCCAACAAACCUCCUCGCUGGUGCGCAUACCACCACGUUUUCUCACACAUGACCAACGAUUGCAACCAGAAGGAGUACCACACGGCCGAGAAUACCAAGGACUCGCCACCUCCUAAGAAGGAGAAGCCCAAGAAGGACGGCGAGGACAAGUCCGGCGCGUCGAUCGCCUCAUACACGCGUAUCCCUGACCACCUCGUGUCGUCAUACUCCCACGCGCCACCGGCACAGGCAGCUGCUGCCACCCUCUCGGACACGCAUGCGCAUCUCCUCAUCGACUCAGGAGCCAACACCUCACUCAUCGGCGACCGCACGCUGCUCAGCAACAUCUGCGCGCUCAAGCGCACCGCCUACUUUGAAAUGGGCGGCACUGGUUACCUCAUCCCCGCGGAUGAGGUUGGUGACAUCAUCAUCACCACCAGUGACGGAUCAGCCACCAUCCCAGACGUGCACUACUCCCCCGGCACUGUCCACAACAUGAUCUCCAAGCGCGUCUGCAAGGAGGCUGGCUGGACCUUUGACGGAGAAGACACCUGGAUGCGCAACGGCGCCGUCAACCUCGAGCUGGACGACAGCCUCAACGCGCGCCCCACGGCGACACUCUGGCGCCCUCAGCGUGCGCAGGUGGCACCAGUGGACAUUGUCCGCGACGACGAAGCUGAACCCGCCAAACCCAAACUAAGAUGA